UUAGGUGAUUACGCCCCCGUCUUUUGUUGCAGUUGGUCCCGUCCGUCCAUUUGCGGACAGUGAAGUGUUAAGUUAGUGGCUCAGUCACAGCCAUACCAUUACAGUCAACUUAUAUAUUGUUUAUUAAAACCGUCACUCACUUAGAUUAUAAUAAUGUCUGCACCAAAGAAAGGAGACCUGACCGACACGGAGAAGGAUCUACUUCUAGUUAUUGCUGCAGGUAAUGUGCAAGAAGCCUCCAGGCUGCUUGGAUCCAAAGAUGUCAGGGUAAACUGUCUUGAUGAGUAUGGCAUGACCCCUCUCAUGCACGCCGCAUAUAAGGGCAGGGCAGACAUGUGCAAACUGCUGCUGCAGCAUGGAGCAGAUGUCAACUGCAACGAACAUGAGCAUGGAUACACCGCACUCAUGUUUGCAGGACUCUCAGGAAAGACAGACAUCACCUGGAUGAUGUUGGAUGCUGGAGCCGAGACAGAUGCAGUGAACUCAGUCGGCAGAACGGCAGCACAAAUGGCUGCUUUUGUAGGGCAGCAUGACUGCGUGACGGUCAUCAAUAACUUCUUCUCCCGGGGGAGGCUGGAUUACUACACAAAACCACAGGGGCUGGAAAAGGAACCAAAACUCCCUCCUAAACUUGCUGGAGCGCUACACAAAAUUAUAAUGACUACCAACCCCAACCCCGUAAAGAUAGUGAUGUUGGUGAAAGAAAACCCUCUGCUGAUGGAUGUGGAAGCACUUGAGAAGUGCCGCAAGGUUCUGGAGCUUAUCUGUGAGAAGUGCAUCAAACAGCAGGAUAUGAAUGAGGUGUUGGCCAUGAAGAUGCACUACCUCAGCUGUGUGCUGCAGAAAUGUGGCUCUUUCCUAAAAGACCAACAGGACAAACUUGAUGGCCUAAUCAAGAGUCUUUUGAAAGGGCGAGACAGUGAUGGAUUCCCAGUAUUCCAGGAGAAGUUCAUUCGGGAGUGCAUUAGGAAAUUUCCGUACUGUGAUGCCACAUUACUGCAGCAGCUGGUCCGGAGUAUUGCCCCAGUGGAAAUUGGAAGCGACCCCACUGCUCUGUCGGUCCUCACGCAGGCCAUCACGGGACAGGUGGGUUUCAUGGACGCAGACUUCUGCACAACCUGUGGUGAAAAAGGAGCAGGGAAAAGAUGCUCCAUCUGUAAAAUGGUGAUCUACUGUGACCAGUCCUGUCAGAAGCUGCACUGGUUCAGUCAUAAAAAGGUCUGUAAGAUGUUACAGGAGCAGAGAGAGAAACAUGAAGCGGAGUCAGCAUCACGGCUACAGAAACAGGCCAAAGCUGAAAGUCAUCAAGCAUUGGAGGAGACGACGGGCACACUGGAGGAGCUCUCUGUCAGUCAGAGUGAGACCACCAGCUCACAGACCAUCCCUCUAACCACAGACUGAAUCACAAAGAAUCACACCACUUCAACCCAGCAACCAUCAUCGUCAUUGAAGACCCAUUGAAGACAAAAGAGAGCAGGUCCGUGACGUCGCCCAGAGUUAAUGAAGGUUUCUUCAUAAUUCUCAUACAGGAUGCUCUACUGAAAGCACAUAACGUAAGGGAAAACCCACCAAAAUGCAUAGGGGGAAUGGUGUAGAUUUUUUAUUGUUGUUUGUUUUAAAUAAUCAUUAAAUGUUUACAUUUAUGUUGGGAAAAUAUAUAUGUAUUCAUAUUUGUGAAAAUCAUGUAUGUGUGAUGUAGUUUUUGCUGUAGGAAAUAUAUUAUAAUAUUUUGCUGCAAGACAUUGAUGCCUAUGCCUUAAAUUUCUUAGUCUGUUGGUAUGAAAAAGGAACAAAUUAAUAGAUGGCGACAGCAGCAGUUUAUGUGAGUCUUUAUACAUCUGUAGAAUUUAUUUACAUGCAACAGGUAUUUAUAUUUUGGGGUUAUCUGAUACUGAAACACAGUUAUAAGGUUUCACAAAUCAAAUAAAUAGAUUUCCUGUCCGUAAGUUCUAUUACAUCAAAUGUUCUUUGAUGAACAUGUCAAAUAUUAGACUUCACUCACACUACAAAUAUUUCAGAAAACAACUUGAAAACACACAUUAGUCUUGACGAAGUUUAUUGAGAUUGAAACGACAAUGUAAGAGCUGUUUUUCAUUGAUUUAAACCACUUGGCCUUGUCAAAUGUUCCAAUGUGUGGACAAGAGUGACGGCAGGGUUCUGGAAAUCAUCUAAGUUAGACAGUAUGUCAGACGCAGGUUUGCUAGAGUCGUCUAGAUGGUUCCACCGAGACAUGCUUGUACCGUUCCAGUUCAUAGUGGAGAACUGUGUGAUGGAUUUGUCCACUGAUGGGUUUUCUAGUUCCUCAGAAUUGCUGCUAAGGAAAACAUCCAAAGUCUGCUCCCGUGAAACAUUUGCUGUAGUUUAAAGGUUCUAUAUGUAGGAUUGACACCGAGAGGUUGAACUAGGUAUUGCAGUCCAAAUUCAAAUAUUGGAGAGGGUUGUUUUCACCCGGCCCACCCUGCUCAGACUUGAUGCACACACAGGACACUAACAGGAACGACCGGACUUGAUGCUGAAUGUAAUGGAAUUUGUUAUGUUUUCUGCCCCCUGGCAAACUGGAGUGCCUUAAAUACGAUUGGGUAAACUGGCAGAGGGCGGUGAGACUGGCAUUCCGGCCCAGAAUGCACAUUUUCAAAUGGAGAAUAAUUGACUGUAGCAUUGUUUUUCAGAUAAACAAGUAUGGUAUUUGUAUGCUUUAGUAGAGACAAAAACUUACAUACAGCACCUUUAAACAUUAAAAAUAUUUUUCUUGUGUCA